AUGGCCAGCAGCUUUUUCAUGAUAGGCAUGAUCAUCUUAACACAGACCGUGGUUGGAAUCCUCGGGAAUUUCUCACUACUUUGCAGUUAUAUCAUCCUUCACUUCAUGGGUUACAGGUUACGGUCCACAGAUUUGAUCCUUAAGCACCUGAUUGUGGCCAACUCCUUGGUCCUCCUCUGUAAAGGGGUCCCCCAGACAAUAGCAGUCUUUGGGUCGAAGCAUAUCCAUGGAGAUGCUGGCUGCAAACUUCUCUUCCUUCUGCACAGAGUGGGGAGGGGAGUGUCCAUCAGUAGCAUCUGCCUCUUGAGUGUCUUUCAGGUGAUCGUGAUCAGUCCCUGGAACUCCAGGUUGGCAGCGUUGAAAGUAACAGCUCCCAAGUACGUGGUUCUCUCUAUUUUCCUGUGUUGGAUCCUGCAAAUAUUGAUAAAUGUCAUUUUUCCUUUCCAUGUGACUGGCAAAUGGAAUGACAAAAACAUCACAGAGGAAAGAGUUUAUGGCUGCUGUUCUAUUGUUAUUGACAAAACUGAAGACGCCUUGUAUGCAGCAUUGCUGUCGUUCCCUGAUGUUUUAUGUUUGGGGCUCACGCUCUGGGCCGGCAGCUCCAUGGUUCUCAUCCUGUACAGACAUAAGCAGCAGGUCCAGCACAUUCGUAGGACUGAUGCCUCCUCCAGGUCCUCCCCUGAGUCCAGAGCUACUAAAUCCAUCCUUCUCCUUGGGAGCACCUUUGUCUACUUUUAUAUUCUUUCCUCCAUCUUUCAAGUUCUUUUGGCUUUUUUUGAUCAAUCCAACUGGUUCCUUGUGGACAUGAGUAUAAUCACAGCAGCGUGCUUCCCAACUGUCAGCCCCUUUCUGCUCAUGAGCCAUAACUCCAGUGUACACAGGCUCUAUUUGGCCUGGAUAAGAAAUGCAAAGUCCUCAACUAUUAUGAGAAAAGUGUGA